AUGAAGGAGGAAGAGGCCGAAGCCGAAAUGGCGGCUGCGCUUCAGGCUCAAAUCCGAAGCCUGGAGCAAGCCGAGCUGUCCCAGAUGCGGCAAGGUGCGCAGCUCCAACUUCGCCUCGAAGCAGCGCAGCGGCAGCUGCAAGAGUUGGCGGAAGGCGCCGAGGCUCAGCGGCAAGCGCGCGUGGAGCAUCUUCAAGCUGAAGAAGUCCAGGCCGCGCGCAGAUUGCAAGGCGAGCUCCAGCUGCAGCUGGAAGCACUCCUGCGCCGAGAAAAGGAGGCAGAGGCGCUGCAGCGCAAGGAGGCAGCACGCACCCAGCGGCUGGAUGAGGAGGUGCGUUACUGGAAGAACUGCGGGCUGAUCCUGCGGCGGAAGCAAGCCGGUGACCUGGAAGUGCCACGAGAGUCCGAGGCGGGGCCGCAGGUAGAGAUGGAGAUUGAGGCGCUCCGGGCGCAAGCCAAAGAGCUCCGAAUCCAGAUCAAGGAGAUGGAACGCCUGGCAGCAUCGGGGCGUGCGCAGGAGGUGGACUUGAUCGCCAAGAACCAAUCUAUGGCUCACAGCAUCAGCAUGGCCGAAGCUGCAGCCAAAGCAUCCCGCGAGAAGGCGACGAGCCUUCGGGCGGAGCUGCAAGAGGCCAAGUCGUCGGAAGAACUGCCUCAAGCCUCGGGUUCUUUGAGACCUGAAGAGGUGGAGGAAGGACUUGGCGUGGAAGAAGUGGAGUAUUGGAGGCGGAAGGUGGACGAGAAGAAGGCGGAGGUGGAACGAGCCACAGCUGAUCAGCAGCGACUGCGUGGGACGCUGCGCCCCUCGACAGAAGACAGAACACUAAGCCAGCAAUUUCUGACAGCAUUCGCCAUGCGGCUCCUCGGCUGGCUCAUCAAUUUUCGGCUGGUGGCCGGGGAUUUUGCUCCCUGGUGCCAACCUGAUGCUGGCAGCUGUGUUGGAAGGCUUCAUCGAUUUGAGAAGCGACCAGCGGCCCCGGCCUUGCCAUGCUUUAAAGAGAUGCGUCCGGUCAUGCAGCUGGCAGACUGGGAUGGCGAUGGGGACUUGGACGUGUUGGUGGGGGAAAGCAGAAUCAUCUACAAGUGGUCCGACUCCCUCCACGACGUCGAGGCUAUCGGGUUACUUGGAGCAACACUCUCUGGCAUCAUCGAUCUUGCCGUGGUUGAUUGGGAUGGUGAUAGAAACUUGGAUUUGCUGCUGUGCUCUGAGAUGGAUGGCUCAGCCCGUAUCAGCUUGUUGAGACAUUCCGAGCUGCCGCUAAUGGGCGCCGGGGUGGACGAUCUGACCCUGCUGGUGGGUGUCAACGGGUCCAGAUGUUGGGGAUGGCAGGCCGUCGACUUCGACGAAGACGGGGAUGUGGAUCUUAUUGUUCAGCAAAGGUAUUUCGAGCGAACCUCACAAGCAGCAUUAGUCGAGCGGGCCGGGCAGCAAAGUCCCAUCAGCAUUUUCGGUGGGAAUAUCAAAGCAAUAGCUGACAUAGAUGGUGAUGGUCGCUUAGAGGUUGUGAUGAAAGGUUCCAGCGCUACUCAAGCCUCCGCUACUUUCGACGAAAGACUUUUUGUGGCCGACUGGAAUUCGGAUGGAUUGCCAGAUCUGAUGGUAGUAACAUUAAUUUUCCGAGGCAAUGGCAAUGACGGGGGAACACUCCUCUGUGACAUGUACGUCUACUAUCAACACAUCGUGGAAGCUGAUCUUUUGCACAAUUCCGUCAUGAACACCUUCGAGGAUGUUGAUCUCGGCCGCAACCCUCGUGAAAAGAAGCUCAGCCUCGUCGACUGGAACAAAGAUGGCUCUUUGGACCUCUUAGUGGGUUGGGACCGGAAGCAAAGCUUGCCGGAGCUAUAUGAGAGCCGCCGUGGCAGGGCCCAUGCAGUUACUUCGGCUUUCGAGAACGUCACAGCCACCUCGUUCCCCAGUUACUAUUAUAAUGGUUACAGGCUAGCAGCUGGAGACUUUGAUGGGGAUGGGGAGGUAGACCUUCUCAUAGCCAGUGAGGCUGAUGGAAGGCUGCACUACCACCGCCAGCUCUCAGGCCGUCUGCAAGCAGAAGAGUUAUGGCAUCCAUUCAGCAAUAUCACAGUCAAGUCAUACCGGCAGGAUGUAGGUCGGUAUCAACAACGAGAUUUCUAUCAUUUGGUGCAGCCUGUCUUCCUCGACUGGGACAGUGACGGUGACAUGGAUCUUCUACUUGGCUUGCCUGAUGGACGUUUUUUCGAGCAGCUAGUCGAUGGUUCCCUAAAGGAGUGGCCACUGGAGCGCAGCCCAGUGCGGAACGCAUUGGUGGAGUUGGAAGAGCUUGAUACAGCUAGCUAUGAUAUACGUAUGGAGAUGAUGAAGGCUUCUUGGAGUUUCGUGGAUUGUGAUGCUGAUGGCGACUUGGACAUGCUUCGCCUCUCUUUCUAUUAUUCUUAUGGAAACGGCGGACCAACUUGGAACCCUCGGCUGCAGGCCUGUGAGCACGACAGUACAGGGAAAUUGCGAUGCGAUGAUGACUUUCCGUGCUUGGGGACGAAUCUCAGCAAUUUUCUGACGGGCGCUGGUGCGGUCGGCCAGGUAGUGUCUUUCGACGUAGGAGAUGUGACCGAUGGCAACCUCAAGUUGAUCGCAGCCCACGAAGGGAGCAACCUCGCUGUGCUUUGGAGUGCUGGCUUUUGUGUUCCCGAAGUGCCCUGCCAUGCAAAAGGCCUGUGCACGUCCGGACAGAAGGACUGCAGCUGUGUUUCCGGCCACAACUUAAGUGACUGUUCCGGCUGCCAGCAGGAUUUCUACAGCAUGCCAGGGCAACUGGGCCAUCUGCACAGUUGCAUUGCGUGUCCUGGUGCGGAUGGCAAGACAUGUCAUGGUCGAGGCUUUUGCUUCGAUGAUGCUCUUGCGAAGCAGGUUCCGCAAGAGUCCACGGCAGCCUUGACGGCGACGGGCAAUGGAACUUGUCACUGUCUUGAAGUGCACUUCUUCGGCAGUGACGAAGCGGGUCGCAGCAGCUGCAUCGACGGCAUCUGUCCAGCUGGCACCGAAGAGAAGGAUGGCAGGUGUGAUCCAUGUAGUGCUGGUGCAGCCUCAGUGGCAGGAGACAUGUGUAAGAAAUGCCUUCCUGGAAAGUACUCGCUCUCUGGAAGUGCGAGCUGCUCCAAAUGCACUGCAGGGACCAUCUCAGAAGCAUCUGGGGCUUCAGCAUGUGAGGCAUGCCCAGCGGGAAGAUAUGAGCUUCAUCAGCAGUUCUGCCAGGAGUGCUCCCCUGGCUUCAUCUCCGUUCGCAACAGCAGCUAUUGCACGAAGUGCCCAGCUGGUUUUAUGGCACCAGAGUCGGGCAGCAGCAGCUGCGUCCCGGGUGCCGGCGGCUUCUUCUCCGAAGAGGGUAGUGCCCAAUGCCAGGAGUGCUCCCCUGGCUUCAUCUCCGUUCCCAACAGCAGCUAUUGCUCCCAAUGCCCAGCUGGCUCGAUGGCACCAAAGUCGGGCAGCAGCACCUGCAUCCCAUGUGCUGGCGGCUCCUUUGCGGACACCGGAAGUGCCAAAUGCCAGGAGUGCUCCCCUGGCUUCAUCUCCGUUCCCAACAGUAGCUAUUGCACGAAGUGCCCAGCUGGCUUUAUGGCACCAGAGUCGGGCAGCAGCAGCUGCGUCCCGUGUGCCGGCGGCUUCUUCUCCGAAGAUGGUAGUGCCCAAUGCCAGGAGUGCUCCCCUGGCUUCAUCUCCGUUCCCAACAGCAGCCAUUGUUCCCAGUGCCCAGCUGGCUCGAUGGCACCGAAGUCGGGCAGCAGCAGCUGCGUCCCAUGCGCUGGCGGCUUCUUCUCCAACGAGGGAAGUUCAAAAUGUGUGGCCUGUCCGUCUGGCAAAGAAGCAGCGCAUGCCAAAGCUGCCCCGCAAAUGAAGUAUCACUUCCCGAAAGUUCCGGGUGCACACGCUGUGAGGGACCUAUCGGCGCAAGGCCAAAAGUUGGUGCUGACCAGCUCGAUGAUGCAUUGGGUUCUCCCCUGGACGCUGCCAGAGGUGAGGUUCAGUGGCACCGACGUGCCUGCUUUGGACGGGCGUCGCUUUCGUUUGAAGACUCUGAACUCCUUCCAACUGAUGCUCGUCGAUGACAGCACGGAACUGUUGCCACUGGACACCUCGAUAGGACGCAUUCGCCUGAAGCCCCUCCGCGGUUUUCUGGUGACUGGCUUCUGGAGAUGUCCCCUCCUCGUCUGGUGCUUACUGCUUGUGGCAGCAGUUCUGGGACUCGCCAGCCAACUACGCUUUGCCUUGCUGUUGCUGGUCUGUGGCUCGGGCCUUGGUGCCGGCGCAGUGGGCUUUGCAUUGAGGCAGAGGCAAGACCGCACCUCUCUGGAAAAGCGCUGCCGUCAGUUCUUCAAGCAGUGGCCUCCGGUGCUACAGCGCUGCAGCCGUGGGCCAGACCGUUCCAUCACCGCAGGGCAGCUUCAGGAUUUCUUGCAGUUCUUCGAGACCUUCGUCAAGGAGCGAUCCAUGUACUACGUUUGCUCCAAUAUCGUCAAGCCGCUCACGAAGCCUUACCAGCUAUCCUUUGCGGAGUUGGUCGGUCCUAAAACAAUCCGGUGGUUCGUCAGUCACUUUUGGGGCAUGCCAGUGCAUCAUUUCAUGGACGCCGUUCGUAAACAUGCCCUGUCAGAUCAAGAAGAGUGGCGGGAAUCUGCAUAUUGGAUUUGCACAUUCAGCAACAGUCAGUGGCAUGUCAAGGAAGAGCUGGGCAAUGGCCAUUGGGAGCAAUCUUCGUUUUAUCUUGCUCUUACAAGCCCUGACUGCAAAGGAACUGCCAUGGUUCUUGACGAAGGUGUCCAGCCACUGCAGCGAAUUUGGUGCCUUUUUGAAGUUUAUCACACGAUUUGUUUAUCACGAGAUGGUCGUUCUCAAGGCCUGCUGCUCUGCACCUCCACGGGUGUGUUGCAAGAGGGCAAGGCCGGCGCAGAUGUCGCUGUGGCCGUGGCAGAGAGGGCCAAAGAUUUGGACACGCGGUCGGCCAAGGCCACAUCAGAGGAAGAUCGGCAGAUGAUCCAUCGGCUCAUAGAACAGAUGCCAGGAGGUUUUGAAGCCAUGAACUCCUUUGUGCGGGAGACGAUCUACUAUGCUUUGGAAGCUUCCCAUCAGCACUAUGAAAGUGCCUUCAAGAAGUUGGUCACGGAGUUUGCUGCUACACACGGCGCUUUGGUUUCCUCGACGUUGCCUUUGCCUACACUUCUCACCGGCCGUUCCACCCAUGGAGAGUUCCGGAGUGGAACAGGAAAUUCCAAAGGCUGGUAG